AUGCUCAGAGAGAUAGCCAUAAGGAUCGUGUCUGCAUGUGUAAACUUCAGGCGAGUUCACAGUGGGCAACGUAUCGUCAUGAACACUGAGAUCCAAAUCAGUAUUCUGAGUUGUAAUAGGAGGGGCUCGAGUAAAGGUUCCAAAUCCGAAAUCUCCCCAACCUUUAGCAGGACUCCGGUAGAUUGUGGGCCAAGCUAUUGCAUCCGUUUGCUGGUUGAAGCCAUUGGAGAAGAUAAAAGGCUGAUCGGUAGGGGUUUGAGCAGUGCCCGAGGGUAAGGUAUUCGAAGUAGGUGGUCGAGACAUUGAAAAACUGCGAACAGAUGGUGGUCGUUGGAGGGUAUGGCUGUAAUCAAUGUUGGAUCGCCGUUGGAGGUAAAUGGGCAUUCCCACCGAGCUUCCUAAUCCGUCAGUUGCGACAACUUUCCCAGAUGUCAAUCCGCCAGGACUUCCAAGACAGCCACCGUCUACAAAUUGCAUGUCAUCGUAAUGACUGGCUUGAUGUCGUCUGAGAAGUGCCGCUUUCGCUUUCAAUCGAACAGCAUAGCAGGCAGCUAA